UCAGCCAACACUGAAAACACCUGUGGAAGCAUGCUGGGCAGUUUGGAUUGUCAGUUCACAACAACACUGAUAGUGCGAUUUAGAUACAUUUGGCUGAGCCUGUUUCUGCUGAAGAUAUGGCCACCACCAAUGUACUGACAGACAGAUUUAACUUUUAUGACAAAAUGUACAAACAUGAAUUACGUGAACAAAGCUUUGCUGACUGGCCAUUUAGAGAGGAAUGUAAAUGCACACCUGAAAAGAUGGCCAAGGCUGGCUUCGUCCACUGCCCCAGUGAGAACGAGCCUGAUGUUGCCUGCUGCUUCUACUGUCUGCUCGAGCUUGAGGGCUGGGAGCCUGAUGACGAUCCCUGGUUUGAACACAUUAAACGCUCCCCUAACUGUGGAUUCUUAACCAUGAAGAAAGACUUCACUGAGCUGACUGUGAAUGAAUAUUAUCAAAUGGAAAAGGAGAGGCUAAAGGUCUAUAUUGCAAAGAUUUGUCAUAAGAAGAUGGCAUGUUUGCGAGAUGACAUAGACCAUACCCUUCAGAACCUUAAAUCCCAGAUGGGGAUUGAAAUCUAAAUUCCUGUCUAUAUAUUGUGAUUUUAGUACUACACUGAUUUUAAUGCUGUAGCAAGGCGGCAUAGUAUUUAUUCAAUAAAGUUUAUAGGAAU